AUGGAGCUUGAUGAGUGGAUGUACAGAUACUCCGCUAAUUCCAUAAACCUUGACCUCAUCACCCAGCUGACACCUUACAUGCUGCCAGGGCAGACACUCGAAUUCGAAGAUAUAACAGACGAGCGGCAGUGCAUGAUCCUGCUACUGGCCUCUAUCAAGAAGUACACACUGCUUCAUAGUGAACUCUUGGGUCAGUAUAGUGGUACCAUCAUUCCCCAGCCUUCCAAGCUCGCUCUGGAACGGAUACGUCGGCCGUUCCAACAGUUUCUGGAGGAACACGCUCUGCACCUAUUAGUUCCCUUGUUCACUGCACUACAAGCGAACAACUACUAUGGCGAGCUCUCACAUAUCCCAACACUUUAUGGGUUAUGGUGGAAUACACCUGCCCUACUGGAAGACGUAAUUAUGAGCUUUCAGCCAGGUGGCCGGGAUGUGACCAGUGUUCUCAAACACGGCUUUCAGAACUUGUUCGAGCAAAUCGCAGAACAUCACAACCUACGUAGCAAGAUCCGGUUCGAUUACAACAUUGCUAAGAUCGAGCGUGAAAGCGAACAUGAUGAUAACGUGGUAGAAGAGUUCGAUUUCCUCAUUGUCGCUGUACCUCAGCGCGACAUAGUAGAACAGGGCAUCCUGGACGCGAAUGAGCUGGAAUUUCGAGCCUUUGCUGACCAAACUAGAGGCUACCUUCUGACCAGUGUGGCUCAGUUUGAUGCAACUCAGUUCCCGCAUGAGGUCUAUCAGGAGGUGGACGAACUGAACGGAAAUCCAGAGAAAAGAGUUUAG